UGAGUUACGUUGUUUGAUCACCGGGCGAAUGUUUAGCUGUGAGUAAUGUCAGCAUUCUGGCCGAUAUCUAGUCGGACGCCUCGACAUUCGAUAGCACAGCGGUGUUGCGCCGUCCAUAUGAUUUACUUAUCCGUCAGGUGAGAGACAGCCUCUUUCUGUCUUCUUUCGUGAUUUUUUUGCGUGCGGUCAGUGCGGUGACGGCCGCGGCUACGAAAUGAUGUAUACGUUAAAGACGAGCUACGCGGUGCUGAUGCUUCUUCUGUUUACUCGGACUUAUGGCGAUCUCUUCAGACACGCGGAGCAACCUCAGCAAUACAAUCCCGACGAUAUCGUCGAUACAAUACCGUCACUUCCGUGGUAUCUCACAUCAACUCAAGAGAUCGUCCUCCAUGAUAUUAUCCUCAAGUCGAUCUUCCCGCAGUCGUUUGAUAUCAAGGCAAUCCAGAAACGUCCGUUGGACGCUUCCUUCUACAGUGGUCCGAUCGCUGCGACGUACUCGAGCGAUGGUGUUAUAUCGCAGGGUAAUGUCUAUCGUCUGCUCAACGGCCACUGGAUGCUAUGCGAGAACGGAUGCGUCGAUUGCGAGCCGUGUACAACACAAGGAAAUCCCUUAUUCAAAUGGAUCCUGCAAAACGUCAAGCAGUCGUCAGGUUCUGACCCGUUGCGACAUGAUUUCCAGUUGACUAUAAUCUUAAAAACAAAUAAUCCCUUCCACACGAACAACUUGUGGCCCAAUAAUUCUAAUCACGUAAUAUCCGAGACGGAACGGAACUCAAUCUUGGUCACUAAAACGAAACAAGAUAAUGGCUCAGAAAAUUCUCUGCCUAAUCACGAAAAUAGUUUGUCCCAACCGAAUUAUCGGUCGAAGGAUCUCUGGUUGACAGAACGGGAUUCGAUCUCGCAAGAAGAGAAUCACAUUCAAGGAAACGCGAGUACCGACAAGCCGCUCGAGCAAAAGUAUCGACUCAGGAAUAUGAAAUAUCGAUUACGGCCCGUGGAAAAAAGCGCGGAAGAAGCGAACCAAUUGGCGCCCAAGUUGAUCCUGGGAACCGAUCAAUGGGGUCAAAAGCAUUUGAUUCACGUGGUGCCGGCGAAUCAUCUGCCGAUCAACACCUCGCAUUUCGCAAAUUUGCUUGCUCCAAAUCACUCGAUAUCGUCGCAUUUCGUGGCGGACCAAGCAAGCCGUUUGAAUAAUACCAUUUCCAAGCACGAGAAGCAAACUUAUCAGCGGAUAUUCCGGCGAGUAUUCGACUCUCUGAAUACGCACAGGCAAUCAAUCGAGAGUUUCCUCAAGUCACCGAACAAUGUAAGCGAACAGCGAAUAGCUUCCUCCAUGGACAAUAUGGAUGUUGCUGAGUUUCCCUGGCAUCGCAAUAUAAAUCACACAAAUGCUAAUUUCGAGUCAUUUCGCCUUAACGAGACACUGCUAUUGCCUUUUUAUGCAACAAAUAAUGAUGAAAUAGAAAAAAAUCAACAACAUAGAAACAAUCAUGGCUACCAAUACAUAAAACCGCACGUUAAUAAUUAUUAUGGACAUGCAAAUAGAAAUCAAUCUAAGAUAUCGCGUGGUCAGAUUCAGUUGCCAAUAAAUUUUGGUUUUGACAGAGAAUGGCGAAAAGCACUCUUUAGGCCAUAUUAUAUUAAUAAUAAAAAUAUCUCAAAGAUAAAUUCAUCGAUUUUAUCACAAAGCUCGGACAAUUCUUCAAUAGAUGCUAUUCCUAAGCUUGGUUUUAAUAAUAACUUGGUUGUUAUAAACUCCGCGAAGCAAAUUGAUCCUAAUGAAACAUUCAUUGAUAAAGCAAAUAACGAUUUUAUAGAGCCAAGCUCGAUAAUAAUAAAACGCGAGAAUGAACGAGCAUUCAACUCGGAGAGGUUGCCAAGUGGCGAUGCUAAUCGAGAAUUCGAGACUUUGCGCCAUGCUUUCAGGAUAAUUACUACCGAUUCGCCGGUAAUUCAAAGAGGACAUGAAAUUUUAAAUCGUACUACAGCAUUAUAAAUAAAUCAAAGACGUUUGCUGAUAAUCAGUAGUUAAAAAAAAAAGUAAUGGUAGCAAAGGUGAAUAGUAUCUUAAUUAUGAUAUAAUAAUAUUGAUUAUAUUGAUGUUAUAUGUAACGACAUUAUUACAAUGCGAA